AUGUGGGACGAGAACCCCUGUCUCAUCGAGGAGCCACUGCCCGGAACGCCCGAUGGAGCGCGCACACCACUGGUGCUGAUGCACGACGGCGGCGGUACCGUCUUCAACUACCACUGCAUCGACCCGCCGCUGGGCCGGCGGGUGCUCGGCAUCGCCAACCCACACUUCAACACGGGCCGGUCCUGGCUGCCGGGUGGAAUCCCCGAGAUGGCUCGACACUACGUCCGGCUGCUGCGGGGCGCCUUUGACGAACUGUCCGGCGGCGCCGUCACCACCAAGAACGGCAGGAGGAUCAUCCUGGGCGGCUGGAGCCUGGGCGGCCUGCUCGCGCUCGAGAUGGCCAGGGUGCUCCGGGGAGACCGCGCCUUCAGGGUCGUGGGCUUGGUCAUGAUCGACAGCGUGUGCCCGCUCACGUGGCUGCAGCCCUCGGGCGGCCGGGAUAUGCUCCCCAUCCAGGCCGUGGCGUCGCAGCACCUCUUCACGCCCACCACCAAGCAGGAGACCAAGGACAAGGUCUCGCGCUGUUUUGCCGAGGCCUCCAACAUGGUACUAAAGUGGGAGAUGCCCGCUUGGGAGGAGCACAGCCCGCCACCGCCUGCUGUGCUCCUGAGGGCCGUCGAACCCGUCCCGAUGAAGGAUGGCGGCCUUGCGCGGGUCGAUCUGGCGCGGCCGGAUAAGAAUUUGGAAUGGGAUCGGUACAGGAAGAACUUGUUCGUAAGGGUGUUCGAUAUACCGGGCCAUCACUUCAACGUGUUUUCUGAAAAAAACGUCGAGCAUUUAUCUGCCGCUUUGAGAGAGGCCUGCGAAACUUUGGAGGAGAUGCCUUUGCCAUAA